CUGCGUCAGGGACUAUCGCCAGCACUUGCCUACAUUGGGUAAAAACCCAAAGUUGCGGGAUCUCUGAAUCCCCACAUGAAGUCAUUGGUAGGAGCUUUAAGCAAGAGAAGUAUAUAGAGCUCCCAAACCCUUCUUCUCUUUGAACAACUGGCAUCAAAUUCCUUUCUAAGUAUCACUGAUCAACCAGAAUUAUGAGUAACAAACCUAUCACUCUUUACGGUCAUGCCACCGGGCCCAACCCCUGGAAAGUUGCCAUCAUCCUCGAGGAGCUGAAAAUUCCUUACGAAACAAAGUACAUGGACAUGGGUGACCUCAAAAAGCCCGCUUUCGAAAAACUCAACCCCAACGGCCGCGUGCCCGCAAUCGAGGACCCAAACACAAGCAUCACUCUGGGGGAAUCUGGCGCAAUCAUAGAAUACCUAGUUGACACGUACGACACCACGCAUUCCUUGACUUACACCAAGUCGCCGGAGAAGUAUCAGGUGAAGCAAUGGCUGCAUUUCCAGAUGAGCGGCCAGGGCCCGUAUUUCGGGCAAGCUGCUUGGUUCGAAAAGUUCCAUCCUGAGAAGAUUGCUAGCGCGAGGGAUAGGUAUAAGGAUCAAAUCAAGCGGGUUCUGCAAGUGUUGGAUAAGCAUUUGAGCAGCACUGGGAAGGAGUAUUUGGUUGGUGAUAAAUGCACCUAUGCGGACUUGUCGUUUGUCACUUGGGAUAUGAUGGUUCCUUGGAUCUUUGGUGAUGAGGCUGGAAGUCUUGAGAUCGAGAAGAAUUAUCCUAGCUAUCAUGCUUGGAAUCAGAGACUUAUGCAGCGUCCUUCUGUGCAGAAGAUUGGGCAGGAUAAGCAAAAGGCUAUGUCUGGAAAAUAAAUUGAGGAAAGAGAAGAUAUAGAUCAUUGGAACGGAAGUAUUGGAGAUUGAAUUUCGUUUGAAUGUUGAGCUAUAGCAAUAUCAAAAGACGGUAGCAAUAUCUAC